AGAAAAAAGAAUUGAAGCAUUUGUUUUGAAAAAAGAAAAACACAUUUAAAGAAUUACAUGGACUUUGCAAACAGAUUUAAGACAAUGAAAGUAAAAAUUUGAACGCCAUCCAGGCUACAGAGGUUGCAGUGGAUAAGAAGUUUAAAAGCUUUGGUUCAAGAUUACAGGAGGCUGCAAGAAAAAUUAAAGACAUGGAAAUGAGGAUGGAAUGACAGGCUGCUAUUUUGCCUCAGAAUACUGAAGAUUGUAAAGCAUUGAGAAAUCGAAUUCAUGACCCUGGAAACCAAGCUCAGAUUAAGAAAUGUCAGGCAUUCGACCUCCGAUCAUGAACGGGCCCAUGCACCCGCGCCCCUUGGUAGCGUUGCUGGAUGGCAGGGAUUGUACAGUAGAAAUGCCUAUUCUGAAGGAUGUAGCCACAGUGGCAUUUUGUGAUGCUCAGUCUACACAAGAAAUUCAUGAAAAGGUACUAAAUGAAGCAGUGGGUGCACUGAUGUAUCACACUAUCACUUUAACUCGAGAAGACCUGGAGAAAUUUAAAGCACUUCGAAUAAUUGUCCGAAUUGGCAGUGGUUUUGAUAAUAUUGACAUCAAAUCUGCUGGAGAUUUAGGGAUUGCAGUGUGUAACGUGCCAGCCGCCUCCGUAGAAGAAACGGCAGAUUCUACCAUGUGCCACAUUCUGAACCUGUACAGGAGAACCACCUGGCUCCACCAGGCUCUGCGGGAAGGCACGAGAGUACAGAGCGUUGAACAGAUUCGGGAAGUGGCCUCUGGAGCUGCCAGGAUCAGAGGGGAGACCCUGGGCAUUAUUGGAUUAGGGCGUGUUGGGCAAGCAGUAGCACUACGUGCCAAAGCCUUUGGCUUCAGUGUGAUUUUCUAUGACCCAUACCUCUCGGAUGGCAUGGAGCGUGCUCUGGGACUGCAGCGGGUGAGCACUUUGCAGGACCUGCUGUUCCACAGUGACUGUGUUACCCUGCACUGCAACUUGAAUGAACACAAUCAUCAUCUUAUUAAUGACUUCACCAUAAAGCAGAUGAGACAAGGGGCUUUCCUGGUCAACACAGCUCGAGGUGGGUUAGUAGACGAAAAAGCACUUGCACAGGCCCUGAAGGAAGGAAGGAUACGAGGGGCAGCCUUAGAUGUACAUGAGUCAGAACCAUUCAGCUUUAGUCAGGGCCCCUUGAAGGAUGCACCAAACCUGAUCUGUACCCCACAUGCAGCCUGGUAUAGUGAACAAGCCUCAAUUGAGAUGCGGGAGGAAGCAGCGCGAGAGAUCCGAAGGGCGAUCACAGGUCGUAUUCCAGACAGUCUGAAAAACUGUGUUAACAAAGAUCAUUUGACUGCAGCUACGCAUUGGGCCAGCAUGGAUCCUGGAGUGGUUCAUCCAGAGCUUAAUGGUGCUGCAUACAGCAGGUAUCCCCCGGGCGUUGUAAGCGUGGCUUCCACUGGCAUACCUGCAGCAGUAGAAGGAAUAGUCCCCAACCCCAUGUCUUUAUCACACGGCCUCCCUGCUGUAGCCCACCCGCCCCACGCUCCUUCCCCUGGCCAAACUGUCAAACCAGAAGCCGAUAGAGACCACCCAAGCGACCAAUUGUAGCCUACGAGAACAGCAUUCCCAGCAUCGGAGAGCUCCACUUCAGCGCGUGGAAAAACAAAACAACAAGACAAACCCCUGGAUUUUGAUUAAAGGCAAAACCAUGAACUUACAGGAGGAGACGAUUAUUGUUUUAGAAACUGGUCCAAUAUACAGUAUAAAAGGAAAAGGUGGGAGACAAAAAAAAAGAAGAUUUGGAAACAUUUUUUUCCUCCGUAUAAAUUGUAGUUUGUCCCUGUCCAGUGGACUGAUUCACUGUUUCUGUGUCCUAUGGGUUCUUUGUUAAGCAAGAGAAGUUAGUAGUUAAUUAUAUCAUGAAUGUACUUGUCUGUGUACAGUUUUUAGAACAUUAAAAAGGGUUUGUUUGCUUAGCUGUCAACAAGGAAAAACAUAAGGGAGGCAUUCAACAAACCAAUUUUGAGAUUAAAAAUCCUUUCUUUUAUAUUUUAAGACAUGCCCAAAAAUGAGGCAGUUGGCAAACUUCUCAGGACAAUGAAUUUUUCCCAUUUUUCUUUCUACGCCACACAGUGCAUUGUUUUUUCUACCUGCUUGUCUUAUUUUUUAGAAUAAUUUAGUAAACAAAAGAAAAAACAGUUUCUCCUAAUUUUGGCAUGAAUUCCCUUAUUUCAAAAUGAAGACAACCUUGCAAAGAGAUUUUGAGGAAAAAAAAAAAGGUUUUGUAUAAACGAGCGUUGUGCUUUUUGUCACCAGUUAAAGUAUAUAUUAUUGGUGGUAUCUGGAAAAGGCACUAGACUACUGAAAAGUAGCAGCAUUUCAUUGCCUACAUUGAUUCCUUCCUGGUAAUGUGGUAGGCUAGCAAUAUUUUUGGUUAAAAUCAUGUUUGUGACUGUAACCAUUUGUAUGAAUUAUUUUGAAGAAAUAAAAAUCCCAGACAACUAUCAUAUGUGUAAAAAUUUUUAUUUCUAGUAACUGUUUAUUCAACUUUUAUUAGGUUUCUUAGCUGUAAUUUUUAAACAGAUGCUGUCAAGUAUUUCAUUUCUAGCUUUACUUUGCUCUCUGUUGUUUGUAAUACUGUCUUGGAAGCUUGAAAAAUAAAAAAAAAAAAGAAUUCUUUCCAUA